GAUCUUCAGCUACGGACCAAUAAACGAAGGCAAUAGAUAAGGGGGGGAAAGUAGGCAAGAAGCCAUCUCGCAGCGCCAUUACACUUCAGGGCAGGGUGGUUAAGAAGCCGGCAUGGCGCUCGGGUCAAUAAAAUCGAUAGCUGGAACCUGCCUGUGGUCUAGGCAGCGGUGGUGCAGGAGCGGCGCCGCCAUCUUCCCCGAAGGCAUUUCCCGGUGCCUCUCACCCAAGUUGCAGCGGGAGUUUCCUGAAUAGCGGGGUGCUCUGUGCUGGGCCGCCAGGCCCCUCAGGCAGCCGAUUCACGUUUCCUCCGGGCCUUCCCGGCUGGGCUCCGAGGUCUGGGGGGGCGCGGCGCCCGGGGCAAGGCCGGGCGCAGGUCCGAUGGCUCCGCCUUCGGCUCCGCUCCCCACGCGGGCACCCGGAGAGGCCGGCCCUACUCGGAGAAGGGGCAGGAGGCCAAGGGCCUUGAAGUUCGCGGACGUGGCCGUGUACUUCUCCUCGGAGGAGUGGGGGUGUCUGCGGCCCGCGCAGAGGACGCUGUACCGGGAUGUGAUGCGCGAGACCUACGGCCUCCUGGGCGCGCUCGCAUCUUCCGAGGCCAGCCCUCUGACUGGUUCUCCUUCCCCAGGAUGCGCAGGUCCCAAACCAGCUCUCAUCUCCUGGUUGGAACGAAAUACCGAUGAUUGGGAACCCGCAGCCCUAGAUCCGCAGGAGUACCGGAGAUGGGUAACAUUCCAGAGAAAAACCAGAACCAGGCAGAAGAACGAAGAGAAGGAAGUAUUCCCGCCCAAGGAAGCACCGCGGAAGGGGAAACGAGGGCGAAAGCCCAGCAAACCCCGGCUGAUUCCCAGGCAGACGUCCGGGGGCCCCAUCUGCCCCGACUGUGGGUGUACCUUCCCCGACCACCCGGCCCUGGAGAGCCACAAGUGUGCCCAGAACCUGAAGAAGCCCUACCCCUGCCCGGACUGUGGGCGCCGCUUUUCCUACCCAUCCCUGCUGGUCAGCCACCGGCGGGCACACUCGGGCGAGUGCCCUUACGUUUGUGACCAGUGUGGCAAACGGUUUUCCCAACGGAAGAACCUCUCCCAGCACCAGGUCAUACACACGGGCGAGAAACCCUACCACUGCCCCGACUGCGGCCGCUGCUUCCGAAGGAGCCGCUCCCUGGCCAACCACCGGACCACGCACACGGGCGAGAAGCCCCAUCCGUGCCCCAGCUGCGGGCGCCGCUUCGCCUACCCGUCCCUGCUCGCCAUCCACCAGCGGACGCACACGGGCGAGAAGCCCUAUACCUGCCUGGAGUGCGGCCGCCGCUUCCGCCAGCGCACCGCCCUCGUCAUCCACCAGCGCAUCCACACCGGGGAGAAGCCGUACCCGUGCCCGGACUGCGAGCGGCGCUUCUCCUCCUCCUCCCGCCUGGUGAGCCACCGGCGGGUGCACUCGGGCGAGCGGCCCUACGCCUGCGAGCACUGCGAGGCCCGCUUCUCCCAGCGCAGCACGCUGCUCCAGCACCAGCUCCUGCACACGGGCGAGAAGCCCUACCCCUGCCCGGACUGCGGCCGCGCCUUCCGGAGGAGCGGCUCCCUGGCCAUCCACCGCAGCACCCACACGGAGGAGAAGCUGCACGCCUGCGGCGACUGCGGCCGCCGCUUCGCCUACCCGUCGCUGCUGGCCAGCCACCGGCGCGUGCACUCGGGCGAGCGGCCCUACGCCUGCGACCUCUGCUCCAAGCGCUUCGCCCAGUGGAGCCACCUGGCUCAGCACCAGCUCCUGCACACCGGGGAGAAGCCCUUCCCCUGCCUGGAGUGCGGCCGAUGCUUCCGCCAGAGGUGGUCCCUGGCCGUUCACAAGUGCAGCCCCAGCACCCCCAGCAGCGGCCCCAGGCCUGCCCUCGGAGGGCCCAGCCCGAAGAGCAGCGCGCUUUAGCACGACGAAGACUGGGAGGCCGCCGCGGAGAAGCUGGCGGAGGUCCCACGGAGCAGGAGCGGAGCUCUGGUCCCCUGCCUCGCGCCCUGAAACGCCGCACCGCUGUCCUGCAAGCACGUCUGAACCAGUUAUCGGGAGAGAUGAUGCCAUUCCAUUAAAGUUUCCCGAGCUAACCUGUCGUAAAGUAACGUGGGUGUGUUCUUCCCCCAGGCUAUGUUAGGGGCCUCCUUAGUUUAGUGUGUACAGGUUACAUUCAUUGACAGGGGCAGAACCUUCCCUGCUCUGCCCCUGUCUCCGUACCACGUGGAAAACCUGGGUUUGGCUCCACGUUCGCGACACUCCUGCGGCCUGGCGAUAGGUCAUUGCUGGAAACGGACUGGAACUCACUACCUCACGUGCCGGGUCAUUUCCCUGUGACAUGGUGCUGAUAUUUAGAAGGCUACGUACUGCGUUCUCCUUUGUAAACCUGGUCUAGAGUACUCAGCGCUUACCCACAGGGUGCUCUUCACAAAAGCUUAAUCACAACUAUUUUGUACCCAAGUUGGUCCCAUGUUUCUGUGUGUGUGGGUGUGUGUGGGGUGUUGAGAUGGUGGUCUUUCUGCCUCAAGUGGUCUCCAACCUGUGCGAGUCAGUGAUUUGCCCACCUCAGCCUUCUGAGGAAUGGGAGUGGUAGGCGGACACCACAAUUCUGGUCAGUCAUUCUUUAAAAAAAAAUAUAUAUAUAGGUGUAUAUAUAUAUUUUAAAUAUUUAUUUUAUUUUAUGUGUUUGAAUGUUUUGCCUGCAUGUGUAUCUAUGCACCGUGUUUGGGCCUAGUACCCAAAGAAGGCCAGAUGAGGCCAUCAGAGCCCCUGGAGCUGGAGUUACAGAUGGUUGUGAGCCGCCAUGUGGGUGCUGGGAACCGAGCCCCAGGUCCCAUGAAAGAGCAGCCGGUGCCCUUGGCCACUGGGCCAUCUCUCCAGCUCUGGGUCAGGCAUCCUUUGAAGAGUGGCCCUCAGGUCCCACAUGUGAAAUCUCCAAAUGUGCCAUUUUUAGCAUUUUAAGGAUCACACAAAAACAACAGAGUGCUAUGCACCCCUCCAGGCUGUUUUGGUUUUAACUAGGCCGUACUGAUUUGGGGGAAAUGCCACUGUGUCAGACUUCAGACCUCUAAACGUCCUAACCUUUCUUUUUAGGGAAGUGGUAAAGCCAAAUCGUCACCACUUUUGGAAAGUUGGCUCAGAGUGGAUAUGAGCCAUCAGCACAGCACACUGAGAGGUUUGAUUCUCAGAAGAAGUGGGGGGGGGGGGCGGUAUCCAGCAGCAGGAGGUGAACAUGGGAAGGGUAGGUCUGAGAUCGCUAUAGGUAGCCAGUGGCUGGAAAACCCUUGGGAACUGGCUGCCCCUUCCCCUCCCCCCCAUUUUCUUCAAAAUAAGGAAACAGCAUGGAACCUUCCAUGGGACCCCAUUCAGCUUUUGCUCUGGUCGUUCUGGAGGGUAGAGGUCCUGAGAGCGUUGUGUCUUAACCUCCCUGUGCCCCCAUGGCACCCACCUGACUAGGUACUCAGUAAAACUUCACUACCUUCUUGCCUUGGGCAGCUGUACCAAAGUGGAAUCUCCAAACACGGCUUACCACUGACGGCUGAGGUGGGUCAUCCUUCUGCAUUGCAGCCGAGCUCAGCUCCAGGUGGCGAGCAGGUGGGAAACGCUGACCCGUCCUCCCCUCUGGUUGGGUGUUUAAGAAGUUGAUUGUAACCAUUUGUCUGUUUCUUCAUGGAUGAUGGGUGAGUGCCCUCUGGGCAGGGGCCGUGCCAGAUAGGAUUUCAUUAAACUACUUAA